AAUUUUCAUUGAUUUUUAACGAUUCCACCCGUUAAUUUUUAUCAAAUCAAAGCUUUAUUAGGUCGCAUAUUAAAUGUAUUAAUAGUUUAAUUAGUUAGUGCCAUUGUUUACAAGCAAAGCUUAAAAAUGAUUAAGGCUAUUUUAGUGUUUAACAAUCAUGGAAAGCCGAGACUCUCAAAAUUCUAUCAAUAUUUUAAUGAAGAUAUGCAGCAGCAGAUUAUCAAAGAGACCUUUCAGCUGGUGUCCAAGAGGGAUGAUAAUGUUUGCAACUUCCUUGAAGGUGGCAGUCUGAUCGGGGGCUCUGACUACAAGCUGAUCUAUAGACAUUAUGCCACGCUUUACUUCGUGUUCUGUGUGGACUCGUCAGAGAGCGAACUUGGCAUUCUAGAUCUUAUACAGGUAUUCGUGGAGACGCUAGACAAAUGCUUCGAGAAUGUGUGCGAGUUGGAUCUCAUUUUCCACGCUGACGCUGCACAUCAGGUGUUAGAUGAACUUGUAAUGGGUGGUAUGGUCCUGCAGACAAACAUGGCUGAUAUUUUGCAGCGGUUGCAGGAGCAGAAUAAAAUGCAGAAAGCCGAGGCGGGAAUCUCUGCGGCCCCUGCGCGCGCCGUAUCUGCCGUAAAGAGCAUGAACCUGCCGCAGCAGCUGAGAGAUAUGAAACUGCCCGAUCUGCCGCAGGCCAUCAAGGACUUGAAGUUCUGACCGCUACCUCAAGGCUCAGCCACCCCAGCCGCGUUAGCCACAAACAUAUUCACCACCCUCUACCCACAAAACGACAAAUAUCAAAACCUGCAGAAGCCCACUGAAAACUUUACAAACAAAUUCUUCGGUUCUGAAAGUUUGAGUACAAAAUUCUCCGAAACAUUUUCUGAAAAUUAUCAACAAACUGAAGGCGUCACAUUUCCGGAAUACGAGAGCCAGAAAUCUGACGGGUAUCAAGACUUGAGCGGAACUACAGUUGAGUAUGAUUAUAAUGAGGUUAAAAAUAGAAAGAAGAAGAAGAAACGGCAGAAACGUGCAAUUUAGUAAAGAAGAAAGUGCUGCCGCUGUUAGUUGAAAGGCGUUUGGCACAAAAACUCAAAACUGGUUAAAUAAUGUUUAAAGAAAAGAAAUUAAAAAAAUAUCUACUUUCUGUUUUUUUUAAAUGUCACAUUGUCGUAUGCGCUUUGAAUUAACGACGGCAGGGUAAGGGUCGUCAUCACUAUCAUUAUUUAUGACCAAUUUAUCAAAACUUAAAGCAUUUUAAAUUUGGCUUGUAAUGCAGAAUGCUUUUAAGCGCCAUCUAGUUUACUUAAAGUGAACUGCUUGGGAAAAAUCAUGGUUUUAUGGAAACCAUGUUGGUUUGGUGUGGAGCUCACGUAUUCUACAGUGGUAGCCUUAUAAAGAUUUAAGGAUAACGAACAAUCGCAUGAGAAAGGACGAGAAAUUGUAUAUUAUAGUAGAUAUUUUCUAGUUUAAACGGCUUUACCAUCCAACUUGAAAGACAGUCUGAAUUUCGGUAAGUAAAGCCAUUCCGUUUCUAAAGUUAGAAAUUUAUUGGAUUUGACCUUCAGAUUUGCUUUCAAGUUAUAAGGGCUGUUAGUGAAGUGGCUGCCUGAUAGGGGGAUAUAACAAAAGUAAUUAACAAAAUGUCCAAUGAUUUUUGGAAAUAGAUUUAUCUAUUGCCAAUUUGGACAAUGUUUUGUUGUAAUAACGGUUUAAAUUCAAGUGGUUUAUAAUUUUUAAAUAUAUGAUGUUAUUUUUAUAACAUAAUUAUUCUAUUAGAGCACAGCACAGUGGGAAAAAUGAACCUAUAACCAGUAAUUAAUUGAUU